AAAUUCAUGGGGAUAUCCGGUUUGUCCAUGCUGAUGGGGAACAGAAGGAAUCCAAAGGAACUUACAACUUUGACAGUGUCAAUGAGAAAGUGGAGCUGACUUUAACACAGGGCAAGGCUAAUGUCAUCAUAAAGGUGAUAGCUGAACGAGUAAUUCCCACUGACACUGAAUUCAAUACUUGGCGAAAGUCUCAAGCUAUUGUUACCAGACAUAUAGAGAUUAACUUGCAAGCAAAUGAGCAGAUGAAGCAUCUCUAUAAGCAUGUCAUGACAAAAACAGGGAAAUCUG